UAAUUUAUUCUUUAAAUGAAACACAACUUUUAUUUCAUAAUUCAGAUAGAGCAUACAAUUUCAAACACAUUUCCAAUUUACUUCUAUAAUCACAGUUGCUUUUUUUGGUAUUCUUUGUUGAACGAGCAUAGAUGCAGUACUGGUAGUUAGCUGAACAUAUUGGGCGAGUCAGUGAAAAUAGAAAUAAAUUAGACAGUUAUUUAAAACUGUAUGCUCUAUCUGAAUCAUAAUAGAAAAAAUGGUGUUUGAUGACCUUUUAAAUGACAUGUUUUAAUACUUUAGUAAUCACAUUUCUUUCUAACAGAUUUACCUUUGGGAAGACGUACAUCUGGUAAUCCACAUAUAUCCAGCAGCCCUCCUUACUUUAUGUUAGAAAAUAUGUUUGGGUUAUAUUCUCCUCAAGAGAGAACUUGUAUUCAGAAUGCACAUAAGAAGAGGUUUAUGAAAUAUUGCAUAAUUAAGUGUUUUAAUCGGAAGUCAAAUUUAUAUAAACGCCCUCUGUGUAUUGCAAAGGAAAAACGAUUUGCAUGUAUUGAAUGCGGGAAAGAUUUUCAUAAAAAUGCUUAUCUAGUAAGGCAUCAGAUAGUUCACACCGGAUACAGGCCAUAUGCUUGUUCUGAAUGUGGGAAAUGUUUUAAUCAAAAUGGUGAUCUUGUUAAACAUAAAAGGUUUCACACAAGAGAGAAACCAUUUGCGUGUCCCGAAUGUGGGAAAUGUUUUCGUCAGAGCGCCCAUCUUACUACACAUCUAACAAUACAUACAGGACAGAAACCAUUUGCAUGCCCAGAAUGUGGGAAACAAUUUCGACAGAAUUCUCAUCUAGUGAGACAUCAAAAACUGCAUGAAAAUAUAAAAACAGAAAAAACAUUUUCAUGUCAUAUAUGUAGGAAAAGUUUUAAACAAAGUUCAGAGCUUGUUAUACAUAAAAGAUCUCACACUGGAGCUAAACCAUUUCCGUGCUCGGAAUGUGGGAAAAGUUUUCGUCAGAACGCCCAUCUUCUUACACAUCAAGCAAUACACACAUGUGAAAAACCAUUUGCGUGCUCAAAAUGUGGGCAGCAUUUUAGGCAGAACUCACAUCUUAUUGUACAUGAGAGAACGCACACAGGAAAGAAACCAUUUGCUUGUGCUGAAUGUGGGAAAAGUUACACACGGAAUGCAGCAUUUUUAAAGCAUCUUCAGGUUCAUACUGGAGAAAAGUCAAACACAUGCACUGAAUGUGGAAAAUGCUUUAUUCAAAAAUCCGUACUUGAUGAUCAUAAACAAACACACACAGGGAAGAAACCUUUUGUGUGCUCAGAGUGUGGAAAAAAGUUUAGUCGUAAUGCAACAUUUUGUGCACACAAAAGAACUCAUAAUACAAAAAAUAUUCACAUGCCACAAAUGUGACCUAUCUUUUAAUCAGAAUUCAGAUUUUUUGAUUCACAAAAGAUUGCACAAUGAAAAAAACAAAACUAUUUACAUGCUCUGAAUGUGGAAAAUGCUUUAGUCAGGGCUCUGUGCUUAGUGUACAUAGAAUCCAUACAGGAGAAAAAACGUACGAGUGCUUGGAUUGUGGAAAAUGUUUGUCAGAAUUCGCACCUUGUUAGUCACCAGGCGGUACAUAUGGGAGAGAAACCCUUUGUUUGCACAGAAUGUGGGAAAUGGUUUAAUCGCAACGCCCAUCUUCUUAGGCAUCAGGCAGUUCACACAAAAUUAAAAGAAUCAUUUGCGUGUUCAGAAUGUGGGAAACAUUUUCUUUGCAAAGCAGGGCUAGUUAUGCACAAGAAAACUCAUAAUAGGAAACUAAAUAUUUCAGCUAGACGUUAUGUGAAAGGUGCAUUAAACUAAAUAAUUAGAUCAUGUGAAUAAAAGAGCAAUAUUUGGACAUGUUAAGAAUUUUCUGUUAAAGCUUGAUGGAGAGCAAUAUCCCCUAAAGCAUAAAAAUAGAAAAUGUUUAUGGCGUAGCCCUGGAACAUCUAUUAUUCAAAAAUAAUAAAUAAUAAUAAAAAAUAAAAUGAAAUGCUAUCUUGUAGAUGCUGUAAAAAAAGGAGUUUAAUAUCCUAUUAAAUAUUACUAGUUGACAUUUUGAAAUAAAAUAUGCAUUAUCUGAAUAUUUAGAAUGAAAAUAUUAAACAUAAGAUAAUUCACACAAUUAAAAAUGAUGUUAUUGAUGUUAAAAUGUAUUGUGUAUAUAACAGGCACAUGUAAACAGUGUAAUGUUUUGUAAAGUUACAUUUAGGCUUAAGGUUGAUUUUUGUUACAUGUUCAAUAGUUGACCGGAAAUAUUAGAUCAUUUAACAGCUUUAUAAGUAAUAUAUAUAAAAUAUUUUUGUUAUAAAUGAUAAAAUUAUGUUGUUUGAUGCUACAGUUUGUGCUAAUAAUUGCUUAUAUUAAAGAUUCCUGUAUUGAGA